AUGGAGUACCACUUCGUUCCUCCGGAGGAGCGCGCCAGAGACGACAAGGGUAACCUCCUACCCUGGGGCUACGUUUACAAAGAUGAAUCUCGCAAUCCCCGCCGCCCCCCCGAAGAGUCCGGCCCUUUUGGCAAGCGCAGAAACGCCCGCUACGAACACACCCGAUCUCGCACACGCACUGGCACGCCAGCAGCAAAGCGCGAAAACCCCAAUGUAGCAGAAUUCGGGCGUCUAUUCGCCCAACAACAAGAAGAGGAGAAAGCGCGCAGCAACACCCUGCCCAAGUCGUCCUCCGCUUCCAACCUUGACAACGCCCGGAAGCAACAGACAGAAAAGGUCGCAACAGAGUGCAUACUAUACGGAUACAAGAGCAAGGAUUUCGAAUGGAAAGUGAUAGACAAGUACGAGCGGAUCUCUCGCGGUUUCAUCUGUGAGGACUAUCCGCGGACAGACCCCAAUGCUUCGAACGGGUAUUCGCAGCUUUUGAGCGGCGGUGAUGUGGUCAUCCGGGCGAACUUGUCAGCGGACGCGAAUCGCAAAUCGAAGCGCUAUGCGGGCGGAUUUCACUGGAUUAAAGUCACGUUUGAUUCGACGACAGCGGCCGAUCGCGCGUGCUUUUACUCUCCGCAGGAAAUCGAUGGCCAUUUGGUCUUUUGUGAGCUGUAUCAUGGCCAGGGACCUGCGGAGGACGCCCCUAUCGUGCAAGGAUCUGCGGAGGCGACUCGUCUCCAGUCGAAGGCGGCGCCUCGCACUCUGACUUCGUCGCAUUCGACGAGUUUCCUCCAACCGAAGGACACAGCCACCAAGGAACGCCAUACGCUGCCGAGAUCUUUCGCCUCGAAUAACCUGUCCAGUAUCCUCGACGCCCAUGAGGAGGAAUCCCAGGAAUCAUCAUCAACCCCCACCGCUAGCUCCGCAACAGCCACCGCCAUCGAGCAACCAGCACCUCUGCAACAGCGUACAGUCGUCAAGGAGCCCAAGCCUGAAUCAGACUUCAUGACGCAUAUCCCGACGGUGCGUCGGACGAAACUCCGCCCCAUCACAGAAGCCCUUCCGCCUCAGCCUACGGUCACGGAGCGGGUGCUACGCUCAAUCCCCAUUCUCAGCUGGUUCACGGGCGAUAUUGUGGGCGAUGGACCUCAACUCCGCGAAGACGGGGCAUUCGAUUUCGACAAGUCGAAUACUUACUGGAAAUUCUGGUACAUGGUUGAUAGAAUUUUGGGGACGGAUAUCUGCGGACUGAAGGAAGAAUCAUGA